AUGCUUACCAUAUCUUGGUUCUCUGUUCCUGGUUUGGAUGGGCUGAGGCAGAUAUCACGGUCGGAAUCCUUACCAGAAGAUAAUCGAAAACUUUACAUAGAAAUUCCUUCACCCAACGCUCAGCAGCCAACUUUAUAUAUCUGUAAACCCACUGGAGAUUAUAUUCCACUGAAGUGUACAAGAAUGAGGUCUAAUUCAGACACGAGGGUAGCCGUUUACUCUUCUGCCAACUUCUACAUCGCAACGAACCUGAUGGUCGCCAAUAUGCGACCUGUCAACUCCGUGCCUUUGGAGGGGGCCAACAAAGUUCCAUCAACCCCCGUCAUGAUUGGGAUCCCUACCGAAAAUCCUUUGACGUGCGUUUUCUAUGGCAUUGCCGAAAACAUUGCUGUUUUACGAAAGGACGUUGAGAAACUAUCACCCGAAUUCUUAAACGAGAAGGAUGGAUGGGAUGUGGAAAAAUACUACUCUAUCAACGAUAAGAAGACUUUUAUUAGGUUUUACUUCGCGCGAAGGAUGUAUUUCACGUACGCGUCCACUUUAAGGCGAGUUGUGAGCAAAUUCAAGCCGCAAGGAGCCACUGGAGGGAAUCCUUUCCCCAAGAUGCAGAUGCUGUGGUCAUUUUCAUUUCAGUCUCAUGGUAUGGGAAGCAUCCCGCAAGCCUCAAAAGCAGCAAUGUCCCCGUACAACCCAAAGGCCUCUCGGCUACCAAAGGCCACCGCGAUGACGGGAGCCACAGCAUUUUUAUUGAAGAAGAUGAUCGAUCCCUGCUCGGAUAUGACGUUCCCUAGUGACUUCCCAGUGGAUGUGGCAGGCGUUCCGCACCAAUCACCGGACGAUUUCUGCUCGACUUUCUGUCAGUUCAUCGAUGUGGCGGCCCGUCUGAAUCCCCGAAAGGAUAUGAUCUGUCUGUGUGCCUCCUCAGGCGGCACCUGUGUCGAGAACGUUUGCAUUUGCCAGAAAACGACAACCAUCCCGACGUGCCCCCCGAUUCGCGAGGGUAAGGGCACCUUCCGCAUGUUCGUGUGCCAAAAUGCUCUGAGGGACAAGUAG